AUGGAGGCUUUCCCCUGGGCGCCGCGCUCGCCCCGCCGCGGCCGCGUCCCCGCGCCCAUGGCGCUCGUGCCCAGCGCCCGCUACGUGAGCGCCCAGGGCCCGGCGCACCCGCAGCCCUUCAGCUCGUGGAACGACUACCUGGGACUCGCCACGCUCAUCACCAAGGCGGUGGACGGCGAGCCGCGCCUGGCUUGCGCCCGCGGCGACGGCGGUGGCUCCCCGCCUUCCUCUUCCUCCUCCUCCUGCUGCUCCCCCCACGCGGGAGCCGGCCCCGGGGCGCUGGGGCCGACGUUGGGACCGGUCGACUACGACGACGACGAAGACGACGACGACGACUGCAGCGACGAGCCGGGGUCCCGGGGCCGCUACGUGGGCGGCGCGCUGGAGCUGCGAGCGCUGGAGCUGUGCGCGGGCCCCGCCGAGGCCGGGCUGCUGGAGGAGCGCUUCGCCGAGCUCAGCCCUUUCGCGGGCCGCGCCGCCGCCGUGCUGCUGGGCUGCGCGCCCGCCGCCGCCGCCAGCGCCGAGGUGACGCCGCGCGAGGAGCGCGUCCCGGCGUGGGCGGCCGAGCCGCGCUUGCACGCGGCCUCCGGGGCGGCCACCGCCCGGCUGCUCAAGCCCGAGCUGCAGGUGUGCGUGUUCUGCCGGAACAACAAGGAGGCCGUGGCGCUCUACACCACCCACAUCCUGAAGGGCCCCGACGGGCGGGUGCUGUGCCCGGUGCUGCGCCGCUACACGUGCCCCCUGUGCGGCGCCAGCGGCGACAACGCGCACACCAUCAAGUACUGCCCGCUCUCCAAAGUGCCGCCGCCGGCCGCCGCGCGCCCGCCCCCGCCGCCGCCCCCGCCGCGAGGCACCCGGGACAGCCUGUCCGGCAAGAAGCUACGCUGAGCCCCCGGAUCCGAUCUACGGGCACCCGACCCCGCCCGCAUGCACUCGGGUCUGAACCCCGUCUCCACUCCCCCACCCCUAAGCUGUGGGCAGGCUCGGAGCUCAGCUGGCGGGGGUGGGGGGCUCCACUUGGGACGUCUUCUGGGUUGCUUUUUCAGAAGCCAGCCGUAUGCGAUUACUGGGAACGGCGGAGCAGUUGAGUCUCGACGCUAAAAUCUUGAUUUUUUUUUUAAUUUUUUUAAAAUUUGGCCUCAAGUUUGUAGUUUGCGGCGAGGUCUUAAGUGUGUAUUCCGCUGGCUGAAAUGUGGCGACUGACAGGCACUGUUUGUUUACUGUGUACGUCGACCUAUGUUAAGAUGCGCAGCAGUAUGAAAUUGUCUCUGAUCUUGGAUGUUUCAUUUUAUGAGUGGAGGCACUUCACUAGGUCUAGAAUAUUUUUAAUAGCCUCGGAAACUGAGCUUAAAACUGACGAUUUUAUGGAAUGUCGGCAAAAUGACUAUUUAAUGCAAUUAAUAUCCGAGUUGUCCUUAGUUACUCCAUUAUUCCAGGUGAAGCGAGCCCUUGGUAGCUUCGUUAGAAGUGAAGGUUUAGUACCUUUAUGGUUAUGUAUUUGGGAGGGCGUUACCCCCUUGUGGCUUGUUUCUGUCCUAGCUGGAGGUCAAAAGGCAGUCAGUCCGUAGCAGGUAGAGAAUACAGCCCCUUGCCCUUUCAUGUGCCAGAUCUUUCACUGAACUAGGAAGUAGACUUUCCCACCCUCAAAAUUCGUGCCAAGUCAUAACUAUCGUGUGUAUACACUUGGAAAUGGUGCUGUUUAAGAAAUAACUUGUGUAUUUAUACAGUAACAGUGUAUGAAUUAGUCUCACCUGUAACCUGCUACUUGGCAUUUUCUCUAUGCACCUUCACCGUGUCCAGUUCUUUACAAAUGUUUUGGUAUAAAGAUCAAAAGUGAGAAAAGCAAGAGCAGUGUUAACUCAACCGGAUUGUAUAAUUUUAGGGCUUCUAAUACAAGAUCUCGGGAGGCUAAUGUAAAACCUGAGAUCCAGAAGGUUCCCUUCGGGGCUGUGUCUGAGCUUCAGGCCACGUAGGAGGUGCAGCCUUCGGAGUGUGCGCCAUUUAAAAGGCAGUUUGGUUGGAACCGGCCUCCUUGGUAUUCCCGCUUACCGAUGACCCUUGUCAGCUUCUGGAAUCUCCCCCGCUGUGUGUGAGAUUAAACCUACUCUUCAGGCAACCCGUUCCCUAACCCUGUGUUCACUUCCAAGUUCUCAUGCUGAACACUGUACUGUGGCAUCGCUACCUACCAUCAAGACUGGGUGUAAGAGGCAAGGAUGAAAAUGGAAUGCACAACCACCACUAUCUAGAAGUAGCAGCAAGAGAGGUAGUCUGUAUAUAAAGCCCCCAGGAGGACUUGCCUGGGGCAUUAGGAGUAAGAAUGCUUUCACAUCAAAGAGCUAAUUUGUAAUAGAAGCUGCCGUUAAAAAAAAAAUACUAAGUAGCUGUUAGCCUUUUGGUCAAACGAAGGUGUAUCAGGUACAAAGGACGUGGGGCAUGGAUAGCAGGAGGAAAUAACUUAAGGGAAAAAAUUAUCCAUCCCUGUUAGUCUUAGCCUCAAAGAACUGCAAUUUGGGCCUAAGCUUAAGUAGCUUAAUAAAACCAUUAAUACCUUG